AUGCCCGCCUUUAAUUCCGCUCCCCAUGGCCCUGCGUUUACUUCCGUCAAUGGUCGAUUGUCUCUGAGCCCGCCCGACGAGAAGAAGCCAGCCGUUGCCGCCAAACCUUCUGCCUGGAGUCCCGUCUCCCCAGAUCUUGAGCCCAAACAUCACUCCCGCUCCCCAGAGAGCGACACGAGUUCGUCCACUGUUGGCAGUGGAGAUCGAUCUCCUGAUAGCUCAGACAAGACAAGGUCUUCUCCUGAACACCCAAAUAAGAGAAGACGCUCCGGCUCCGAAGAAGACGCCUACGGCCAACACAGCCCUGAUCAGAGGACCGCUGGCCCCAGGCAACUUCCACUUCCAUACCAGCCCUUGAACCGCAACACAACCAUGAGCAUGGAAGCCCCUCCACUACCGACUCUGCCUCCACUAGGUCGUCCAGACGCUGAACGACGCUGGCAAACCGAGCCCCGUGAAUUGCCUCACGCAGCCCAUCAGCAUUUUCAACGCCAUGAAUCGCGUCCUAUCGAGCACACCCGCACCAAUGACAUGUCUCCUGAUUCGCAGUCUCUUAGCCGUGACAUGAUCGAAGAGACUGAGUUCACGCGGGCUGGUGUACAGGUCGAGCUCAAGAAGCGAAAACGGCAAUUUGCCAACCGCACCAAGACUGGCUGUGGAACAUGCCGUAGGAGGAAGAAGAAGUGCGACGAGGCCAAACCAGAAUGCAACAACUGCACACGCGGUGGCUUUGUCUGUGAAGGCUAUGCCAACAAGGUACCUUGGCCGAAGAAUGGACCCGCCAAACCACCUGCACUGAUAGCCAAGGACAAGCUCGCUGCCUACCCUACGGCCGCCAAGCCUAUCCAGCAGCUGCAUGUGGCACCGCAGCAUCAGCCUCCUCCACCACCACCAACAUCCUUGCCACCUACGCGUUCACCGACACGCUACUCCUCGACGUCUACAUCGACCAUGUACAGGUCUGAAAAAGACAAGAUGCUUGCUGGAGAGCCAUUCAACCCCUUUGACAAGGCCUUGAUGCAAGAGCGUCAUUUGAGCGCGCAAGCACAAUCUUAUUUCAACGGCAAAGUCAACCCCUCCAACGUUCUAUCGAGUCACACGGUCGACCACUUUUUCAAACAAAUCCUGAACGCGGGUAAGAGAGGCGAGGAAGGGAGACGAAUCGAAACUCAUAUGGCUGAGACCUGUCAUGUUGCUGCGCCCUUUGCUUGCGACUACGGCUACCAUCUGAGUUUGGGUGAGAAUGUCGUCAUCGGCGCUGAUUGUCGUUUUCAUGACUCGGCGAGGAUUGCCAUCGGAAGGAACUGCAAGAUUGGGGUUCGAGUCACUAUACAGACUCUGAAGACGCCGACCGAUACAAAAUCCCCAAAAGGCAGCAACGGCGGCACAGAGGUUGCGCAGGAGGUCCUUAUCGGGGAGAACGUGUACAUUGGUGAUCACUGCAUGAUCGCGGCUGGAGUCCAGAUCGGUCCUAACACCAUAGUGCGUCCGGGUUCUGUGGUUUUAAGCUCUUUUCCCGCCAAUUGCAUCGUGCAAGGGAACCCCGCCACCAAUAUACUCUAA